UCAUCUGCAAAGAGGGAUAAUUUGAGUUCUUCCUUCCCAAUUUGUAUCCCUUUAAUUUCUUUUUCUUGCCUAAUAGCUCUGGCUAGAACCUCCAGAACUAUAUUGAAUAGCAGUGGUGAGAGUGGGCAUCCCUGUCUGGUUCCAGAUCUCAGUGGAAAUGCUUCCAACUUUUCCCCAUUCAAUAGGAUGUUGGCUGUGGGUUUUUCAUAGAUUGCUUUGAUUGUAUUGAGGAAUGUUCCUUCCAAACCCAGUUUGCUUAGAGUGUUCAUCAUGAACGGGUGUUGUAUUUUAUCAAAUGCUUUCUCGGCAUCUAUUGAGAUAAUCAUAUGGUUUUUCUUCUGCAGUCUGUUAAUGUGGUUUACAAUCAAAUUACACAGGGAAGUGACAGCUCACAAUACAUGUACCUGAGUGUAGACAGGCAAUCUAAACAGUAAAGUUGGGCACUCUGGGUUUAUUGGUAAGCAGCGCCAAAUCUAUGAGGGAAUGGAUAACAGACAUCUUUAGCUUCCAAUCAGUGAAAUUUGUGUUUAAAAGUCCAAAAUUUGGGGAUUGGCAUAGCGGUGUGGUGGUUAAUGUUGCUGCUUGUAAUGCUGGCAUCCCAUAUGGGCACUGGGUUGAAUCCCAGCUGCUCCACUUCUGAUCCAGCUCCCUGCUAAUAGACCUAGGAAAGUGGUGGAAGAUUGCUUAAGUACUUGAUCCCCUGCAUCCACAUGGGAGGCCCAGAAGCCUGUGGCUCCUGGCUUCAGAUUAGCCCAUUUCCAGCCAUUAUGACCAUUUGGGAGUGAACCAGUAGAUGGAAGAUAUCUCUCUCUCUCUUCUUCUCUACCUUUGCCUUUCAAAUAAAUAAAUACAUCUUUAGGGAAAAAAGUCUGGAAAUGAACAAGUGCAGAUGUGUUGUGUUAUUUAUUUUUAGUCAUAAUGUACAACCUUAAAAUAAGUAAGAAAGGACUCUGAAUCCUGGAUGGUACAGAAAGAACAUGGGAUUCAUAGGAGAUUGCUUAGCCUGAACAAGGGCACAUUGAGAAGAUUUUGGAAAUAUGGAAUUAAAAGAUAAGUAUUCUUGCAAAAAUAUUUAAAUCCAGGUAUAGUUUUUACAGUCCAUAUUUUCUAUCAAUUUUUAAGACUCAUCAUGUCAUCCUAGAGCUUCUCAUGAAAACACAGUAUUAUAUUUUUCUAAUAUAAGAAUAUUCUAUGAGCAUCACAGUUACCUGAUUUCAUGAAUAUUUAUUGUAAUUUUUCCACAUGUCAGACAUGUCCUAGAAACAAAGUGGGGGAAGUGACUGGGUCUUUUCUUUGCCCAUUCCUUUCAUUUAGUCUUGCGCACUCCCUUUAAUAUUUCAUUGACCUACUGGAAACAAAGGCCAGUUGCCCCAAACUCACCUCAUUGUCAUCUUUUUCUCUGGAUUCUCUUAGGUUGUCCUUGAAUGUUUUACUCUAGAGCCUGAAAAUCCUUCAGAAAUGUAGUUUUAAAGCUAAGUUUUACAGGCUUCAGUUAAACAUGUUUCACUGGGAGAUAAUAUAUCUAUGCAGUAUGUGAAUCACAUACUGCAUUGCUAGAAGAGUGGGUCUGCCAGAUAAAAUGCAAGACACACUAAUACUGUGUGGAACAUCAUCAAACCAAAAAUAACAUUGCUUAGCAGAAAUUCAAAUUUAACUAUGGGCUUCAUCUUUCUAAAUCUGACCACUUUGUUCAAAUGACUUAUAAAAGCUUUUCAAAUUAACUAAUGAAUUGAUGACAAACUGCUACUUAUAUUGUAUCAUGGUUAGUCCCCUUUUAACCUAGGGUGUGAGGUUAUUUUUAUAUUUGCACUUCCAUCAACCAGUUAUCUAUCAGCCCAAUUAGUUAUACUUACUAUUGUGAAGUCUAUAUAUGUAUAGGCUUCACAAAAUACUUUUUAAAUACAGUUCUAUCUGUAUUACCACAGUAACAUUUUAGGGAAGAGAAAAACUUCCCUUGUCAGCUGUGGCUAUUAGUAAUUUCAAACUAUAGUUUCUAGUUGAAAGACAGGCUCAAUGCUUCUAUAACAAUAAUCACUUCUUUAUCUUUUCUCGAGUGGCCACAGCUCAAGCACCAUGAUUCCAAAGGGUAAGAUUCCUUGUGUGAUGAGAGACUAGAUUGAUCACACUAUUUGACAAAGUAAUUUCAUUUCUAGAAGUUUAUGCUAAGGAAACAAAAGGAAUAGACCACAAAGACAUCUGCACAGGGUGUUAUUUACAGUGUUUCUUGUAAUAGCAAUCAAUCAACAAAUAAAUAGAAAAACAGAGGACAACAUUCACAAUGCCAUCAGAAAAUGAUUAGCUAAGUCAGUGAUGGCACAUCCAACCAGAUUUGUCUCCUAACUAGAUCUUACCAUUUAUUCUUAUGCAGCUACUAUCCAGUCUCAACAAGAUAAGUGAACUUUCUAAAACAGCAGAGACUAACAAGAGACCUUAGGGCUUAAAAAAUAGUAUAGAAUUAUGUAAUAUGUGGAAACAUUCUUAUUAUCAGUAUUAAAAACCCCACAGAGAAAUGAGUCAGAAAUGUGAAGAAAAUGUAAAACACCAAAGCCAAUAAAUAGCCAUUACACUCUCCCUCAUCCUAAGCAGGUGGCUGCAGCCUCCAGGUGGGAUUCUCCCAGGAAGACCUGUGGGGAGGCAGGAGGGUCCCAGCAGGUGGCAGGAUCCCACUGGUGAAAGGGUGCAGCCCUGGAGGAGGCCCUUGGCACCUGUACCCAGACCUCACCUCUCUGCCUAUCUGGAGCAGCCUGGAGUUCCGUCCCUGCUGUAAAGAUGCUGAUUUGUUGCGUCUUCUGGGUCCUGUGUGCUGACGGCUAUGUGAGCUGUCCAAUCAGGCGCGGUGACAUCACUGCCACAUAAUCACACUGGAUUGUGACACCACAGAGUUCCAAAUUCCUGGAGGAGAGAGGUUCAAGGAGGAGCCUCUGCCGCUUGGAGACUCAGGAGCUAGUGUGGCAUCCAUUGUUCUCUGACCUUUUCCACCCAACACAGCCCAUCUCAUAUGCCUGGGAAUGGGCACUGCAUGACCAAACCUGACUUGAUCUUGAAGUUGGAGCAAGGAGCAGAGCCCUGGAUGGGGGAAGAAUGCCUACAUCAUAGCCUUCCAGUUGCCAUGAAAAGGGAUGACCUGAUUAGGAAAAUCCCGGAAUGUCAGGACAAAAAUCUGAAUCAGAAUGUUAUGAAAAACAAAAAGACAUCAACUCCCAAGAUAAUUGAAUUAAGAAAAACUCUUCAUUUAAGUUCAAACCAUAUUCCAAAACUGAGUAUCAAAAAGAGAAUCUAUUCAGAAAUGAAACCUGAAGAAUACAAUAUAUGUCACAAUGUGCAUCCCCACUGUGGGGCUGAUCAACUACAAACUGAAGAAAAAUUUGAUGCUACUAAGGUACCUGGGAAUGCUCUCCAGAUCUGUGAGGCUCUUAAUCAACAACACAAAAUUCAGACUGUGCAACAGGCAUUUGAACCAAUUGGAAAAGGGAACGUCUUCAAAAGGAAAAAUAUAUUUUGUAAAUCUGAGAGGCAUUUUAUGGUAGAAAGUAAUAAGUCAACUGCCACUAUUGGCAAGACAACUCAAAUGGAACAAGAUUUCCAUAAAAAUUCUAACCUCAGUAUGCAUCAACAAAGUCCCAGAAGAGAGAAAGUUUAUGAAUAUACUAGUUCUUUGGAACCUGUCAUUGACCAAUCACCUCUUAAAAUAAAUCAUAGACCACAUAUAGGGAAGAAACCCUAUGCAUGUAAGCCUUGGGGAAAAUCAUUCAGUUAUAAAUUCUGCCGUGCAAUUCAUUACGGUACUCACAUAGUGGAAAACUCUCAUGUGUUUAAUGAACAUGGAGAAGCCACUUACCAGAAGUCACAUCUCAUAAAUCAUCAGAGAAAUCACACAGGAGAGAAACCUUAUGAAUGUAAUGACUGUGGAAAAACCUUUGGCCGGAAGUCAUACCUCAUAAAUCACCAGAGAAUUCACACAGGAGAGAAACCUUAUGAAUGCAAUGACUGUGGUAAAGGCUUUGUCCGGAAGCCAAACCUCAUAACUCAUCAGAGAAUUCACACAGGAGAGAAACCUUAUGAAUGCAAUGACUGUGGUAAAGCCUUUGUCCGGAAGCCAAACCUCAUAACUCAUCAGAGAAUUCACACAGGGGAGAAACCUUAUGCAUGCAGUGACUGUGGAAAAGCCUUUGGCCAGAAGUCACAUUUCAUAAAUCAUCAGAGAAUUCACACAGGGGAGAAACCUUAUGAAUGCAGUGACUGUGGUAAAGCCUUUGGGAAGAAGUCACACCUCAUAAAUCACCAGAGAAUUCACACAGGAGAGAAACCUUAUGAAUGCAGUGACUGUGGAAAAGCCUUUCGAUAUAAAUCAACCCUCACAAAUCAUCAGAGAAUUCACACAGGGGGGAAACCUUAUGAAUGUCAUGACUGUGGAAAAUCCUUUAUGUGGAAGUCAGAUCUCAUCCUACAUCAGAGAAUUCACAUAGGGGAAAAACCUUAUGAAUGCAGUGACUGUGGUAAAGCCUUUGGCCACAUGCCAAACCUCAUAACUCAUCAGAAAAUUCACACAGGGGAGAAACCUUAUGAAUGCAAUGAGUGUGGCAAAGCCUUCAUGUGGAAGACAGAUCUCAUACUACAUCAGAGAAUUCACAGAGGAAAUAAAUCUUAUGAGUGCCAUGACUGUGGAAAAGCAUUUGGCCAGAAGUCACACCACAUAAAUCACCAGAGAAUUCACACAGGAGAGAAACCUUAUGAAUGCAGUGACUGUGGCAAAACCUUUAGCCAGAAGUCAAUCCUCACAAAUCAUCAGAGAAUUCACACAGGGGAGAAACCGUAUGAAUGUAAUGACUGUCGAAAAGCCUUUAGCCAGCAGUCAAACCUCAUAAGUCAUCAGAGAAUUCACACAGGGGAGAAACCUUAUGAAUGUAGUGACUGUGGAAAAGCCUUUAGCCAGCAGUCACACCUCAUAAGUCAUCAGAGAAUUCACACAGGGGAGAAACCUUAUGAAUGUAGUGACUGUGGAAAAGCCUUUAGCCAGCAGUCACACCUCAUAAGUCAUAAGAGAAUUCACACGGGAGUACCUUAUGAAUGUAAUGACUGUGGAAAAGCCUUUAUGUGGAAGACAGAUCUCAUACUACUUCGGAGAAUUCACAGAUGGAAUAAACCUUAUGAAAGUAAUGACUGUGGUAAAGCCUUUGUCCGGAAGCCAAACCUCAUAACUCAUCAGAAAAUUCACACAGGAGAUAAACCUUAUGCAUGAGAGUGUGGAAAAGCCUUUGGCUAGAAGGCCUACCUCAUAAAUCAUCAGAGAAUUCACAUGGGGGGAAAACCUUAUGAAUGCAAUGACUGUGGAAAAGCCUUUCUGAAGAAGUCAGCUCUCAUCCUAUAUCAGAGAAGUAACACAGGGGAGAAACCCUAUGAAUGCAAUGACUGUGGGAAACCAUUUGGUCACAAAUCAAGCCUCAUAAGUCAUCAGAGAACUCAUACAGUGUAGAAAGAUUAUGAAUGUAAUGACUGGAAAAGCCUUUCUGAGGAAGUCAGCUCUAGCACCCACAUCAGAGAAUUCACACAGGGGAAAAACCUGAUGAAUGUAAAGACUGGAAAAGUCUUUACCCAUAAGUCAAACCUCAAAAGGCAUCAGAAAAGUCACACAGGGGAUAAACCUUCUGAAUGCAAUGACUUGGAAAAGCCUUUGGCCAAAAGUCAAGCCUUGUAAAUAAUUAGAGAAGCCAUACAGGAGAAACCUUAUGAAUGUAAUGACUGUGGAAAAGUUUUCUUUGCAAAUUUCUAUGCAAUUCAGAACUCAGUGAACAUCAAAGAAGUCACAGGAGAGAAACUUUAUGAUGGCAAUGACUGUGCAGAAGCCUCUGUUAAUAUGACAAACAUCACAAAGCAUCAGAGAAUUCACAUGGGGAGAAAUGUCAUGGAUAAUGAUGGUAGAAAGCCUUUUGUUAUAAUUUUCAACAAAUAAAACAUCACAGAAUUAACACAGGGAAUUUUCCACACAAUUGCCUUUUUGUGCAAGUUCCUUUUCAUUAAAUAACAGAAUCCAUCAAGGGAGAACAAUAAGAUUAUAAUAAGUGUGGAUAUGCCUUUGGUGCCAAUUAUACAUCAUCAAGCAUAACAGAAUUCACUUGGGAAAAAAUCUUAUGAAUGUAAUGACUCAAAGUCUUUUAGCAUAACUUAGCCCACAUUGCACAUCAUCAAAUUCAUACAGGGAAAAAAAACCUUUGAAAGUAUUCUUGUGGAAAAGCCUUUACUUAGAAGUCAUACCCUAUAAGAAUCAGAGAAUUCACAUGGGGGAGAAAUCUUAUGAAUGUAAUGAGUGUUGGAAAGCUCUGCCAGAAUCUCAGCUUACAACAUCAGAAUUCACAAAGCGGAGAUCUUAUGAAUGAAAUAAAUGUGGGAAAGCUUUUUGUCAUAGGUCAUACCUCAUAAUCCAUCAUCUAACUUGAAUGGGGAGAGACUUUGAGAAUAUAAUAAGGGGUUGGCCCUGUGGCUCAUUUGGUUAAUCAUCCCCCUGUGGCACUGGCAUUUCAUAUGGGCACCAGGUUCUAGUACUGGUCACUCCUUCCAGUCCAGGUCUCUGCUGUGGCCCGGGAAGGCAGUGAAGGAUGGCUCAAGUCCUUGGGCCCCUGCACCAGCAUGGGAGACCAGGAGGAAGCACCUGGCUCCUGGCUUUGGAUCAACAUAGUUUUGGCUGUAGCAGCCAUUUGGGGGAGAACCAAUGUAAGAAAGAUGUUUUUCUCUGUCACUCUCUCUAACUCUAUCUGUCAUAGAAAGAAAGAGUUAGAGAGGUAGAAAGGGAGGGAGGGAGAGAGAGAGAGAGAGAG